AAUUUUUUUUAGACAUGAGGUGCAUUUCAAAGUCAGGUACCUUUGAAUGAAUAAGACGCUCCAGUAUAGAGUGAAUGUAAGUAUUAUUAUGAAAGUGAUAGUUAUUUUUAAAUUUCCAUUGAUGUAUGCUGGUUAUGCAAUCUACUUGUUUUAUUACUGAUUAUUUAUUUUAGACAACAUUAAUGGAUGAUAAACUUAAUGUAACAUAUAUAACUCUUGAUGGGCAUGUAGAAGUGGGCAAAUACAGAUAUCUUUAUUUUUUGGUUAUGCUUACAGUAUAUAUUCUAAUAAUCUGCUGUAGUUUCACCAUUGUGGGCCUUAUCUGGAGGCACAACAACCUCCAUGAGCCUAUGUACAUUUUCAUUGCAGCUUUGCUUCUGAAUUCUGUUGUUUUCAGCACUGCUAUGUACCCAAAGUUGUUAAUUGACUUUUUAUCCAAAAAACAGAUGAUAUCAUAUUCAGCCUGUCUCUUCCAGUUUUUCCUAUUUUACUCCUUAAGUGGUUCAGAGUUUUUACUGUUGGCAGCCAUGGCCUAUGACAGGUAUGUGUCUAUAUGUAAACCUCUGCAAUAUCCAACUAUCAUGAAAAACACUACAGUGAGUAUUUUCCUGGCUUUAGCUUGGCUUGUGCCUGCUUGUCAGAUUGCAGUCCCAGUAAUACUGAGCACUGACAUUAAACUCUGCAAGUUCACUUUAAAAGGAAUUUUUUGUAACAAUUCAAUUUACAGUCUCCACUGUGUGACUUCAAAAGCAAUAUCUAUAUUUGGUGUUAUUGCUUUGCUAAACAUUGGGCUUUUCCCUUUGCUCUUCAUACUUUUCACAUACACCAGGAUAUUUGUAAUAUGUUAUCGAAGUUGUAGAAAUGUCAGAAAAAAAGCUGCACAGACCUGUUUACCCCACCUGUUGGUUUUAAUCAGCUUUUCCUGUUUGUGUGCAUAUGAUGUUAUUAUAGCUCGACUGGGAUCUGAUUUUCCAAAAACUGUACGUUUAAUAAUGACUUUACAAGCUGUUUUGUAUCAUCCUCUCUUCAAUCCAAUUAUAUAUGGACUAAAAAUGAAAGAAAUUUCUAAACAUCUGAAGAGGUUGUUCUGUCAAAGCAAUGCAGUCUCGUGUAUUAUAAGUGAUGUUACAGUAAUAGUGACAUCAGUGAUGCUAAUAUAUCGUUAUCUAUUUUGUAGUAAAUCAGAGAUGUGAAUGUUCUGAUCGUUGGGAGGUAUUUAAUGUAAGAAUUUGUUUCCAUGCUGUACAAAUCCUCUUUACUAUUUAUAACAGAAACAGUGUCUUCAGUUCAAACAAUGUAAUGACAACUCAAUAUUUAUUUUAUAAAUAUCUACUACUGAAACAGGGGGUACAGAAAUACUUUUUUUUGUUUGAUAAGUGAUACACAAACCUUUAAUUCUUGUUCGGCUUCUGCUAAAUAUGUUAAGCACCAAUUUUGGUUAAAACUACAUAAAAUAUGUGCAGAAAGAAGCAAAAAAUCUCAACUUGCAUAAUGUUUUUAAGUAAAACAUUGUACAAAAAUGUGUCUUCUACCCCUUAAGGUUCAUCAAUUAGCAAAAAAUUAGCUAACACAUAAAAUGCUUUAUAACUGACCAUAUAGUGGCCCUAUUGUUCUGAAAAAAAUCACACAUCAUUCUGCUGUUGUACAGUACUAAUUACAAGACAUUCAUAGUUACCACAGACUCAUUGUUUGACUGAAACAUAGCUAUCCAAAGAAUGUCUGUAGAUUUUUGUAGCAUUUGAAUGAAGACCUGUGGAGAUAUGGACUUUGCAUAUUGAAAAAUAUUGAGUGAUAGACUUCGAAUAGAACAUAGGUUGCAGUGAGGCAAACUUUUGUCACAAUUCAUUGGAUGUGCUUAAAGAAUUUCAGCUCUGUAGGACGUAUAGGUGUUUAAAUUAGAUUGGCACUAUUGAAUACAUGCUUUAAUGUGUUUAGCGCAUCUCCAUGAGGCGUCUGUGUACCAUGUUUGAUGACUUUAGCAUAUAUAGUAUGUGAGAUUUUUAUGUGUAUAUGUGACACCCAUUAAUGGGCCAUUCACAAAAAUGUACAGUAAAAUAUUCAUAUCUCAUUAAAUGUAACAUAUAUCAACGUAGUUGACGGAAUGACACAUAAUAGACUUUUCUAUGUGAAAAUUGGAAUUAUUUGUCAAUCUACAAAAAUAAGUGAGUAAUAAGUUCACAAAAUGUACGGAAUAAGAAAUAGAACUAGAAUAUAUAUUUCCUGGUGAAAAUGCAGAGUGAAUGCUUCAGCUAAAAUGAUCUGAUCUGGUCUCUGAUCUGACAGACAGAA